GAGCACAAACAAACAUGCCAUUGCCAAUCACAUGAGCAAAGCAAAAAUCGUUGCUUGAUUUGCUCUACCACCCAUCUCAGCCACCGGCGGCGACCUGAGAUGGCCGCACGGGAGCGCCGCUCCCCGCAUCACCGCCCUCGCCUCCGCCACCGCCACCUUCUCCUCCUCCUCCUCCUCCCGCUCCUACUCCUCUUCUUCCCCCUCCCGCCCCUCUCCGCCGUCCUCCUCCGCCGCGCCAACUCCCUGGGCCGCCGGUGCCUUCCCCUCGCCGACGACCACCGCGCCCUCCCCGGGCAGCGUCUCAGCUUCUCCAUCGUCACGCUCUCCGACGAGGGCCUCUCGGGCCGAGGCGCGCGGGGCCGGUCCUUCCGCGGCGUGCUGGCGGCCACCGCGCGGAACAAGCGCGCCUACGCGGCCGCGCACGGGUACAGCCUCGCCGCGCUGCCCCCCGGCGCGGUCGACCCCGGCCGCCCGCCCGCCUGGAGCAAGGUCCUCGCCCUCCGCGCCCGCCUGCGCCGCCACCACUGGCUCUUCUGGAACGACGCGGACACGGUGGUUACCAACCCUGGCAUCUCCUUGGAGAGGAUUUUGUUCUCGGUGAUUGGGCAUAGUGAUUUUGAUGCAUCGCCUGAUCUCAUUCUGACGGAGGAUGUCAAUGGGGUUAAUGCCGGACUGUUCUUCAUAAGGAGGUCGAAAUGGAGCGAGAGAUUUUUGGAUACAUGGUGGAACCAUACAUCAUUUGUACAAUUUGGCUCCACAAAAAGUGGGGAUAAUGCAGCACUGAAGCAUAUCGUGGGUCACUUGUCACCUGAAGAAACACAAGCACACGUCCGUAUAGCAAAAAUGCAGUGCCUCUUCAACUCAUACCCUUGGGUUGCUACAUGGAAAUCAGUUCACCGCCUGAUCUUCCACCCGUCCACUACAUGGGGUUUAUUCCGAUGGAGAUUUCAUGGUUCAUUUUGCUGGCCUGAAUGACAAGCGAGGUUGGACAUCAAAAGUUCUUAGAGAGAUAACACCAUCAUGAGGAUAAUUACUCCAAUUUUAAAACAAUCUGUCGAGGAUCCAAAAGUUUAUGUGGAGGAUCUGGUUUUUUCUGCUACAUAUGUUGUAGACUGCCAUCCAUCUGACUCCACAUCCAUCUGACCUCUGAUAUGGGUGUUUGUAGCACCUUCUAACUCCCCCCUCCCUCAUUCAUCUCCUUUUGAUUUUGUCAGUUGCAAUCCCAUAGUCCCAUACAUCUACACCUGCAUUCCCGGCAGUUAAUUUGACACCAGGGCAAAUUGUGUGAAUCAGUUGGUUGCUUCUGUUAGCAGCACACGUAAUUCUCACGGUAUGUGUUUCAGAAUCAUCUUUUGCUGCCUGUUCGGUAACCAUGUCUAUUAAAAUGUUGUGUCUGUCCUAGCCAUCUCUUCCAUUCACAUGUUCCCUCGGCAUGGAUGGUGGAGAAAAAUCCUUCAUGUUCAUCGCAUGGUCGUCCACGGUUGACAGUCAGCCCCUGAUAAUUUCUGUACGGCAUCAUUCCAUGUAAAUGUUCUUUUCACCUGCUCAAUCUAACCUGGUUUUCCA